AAACGUUCAUGUAGUCCGUGAGUGGUGGUGCCUAACAUCAUGGCGCGAAAGGGAGGAAUGGCUUAUUUAAGUUCUUUAAUAAUUUUUGCAACAACAUGUACCAUAGUUUCGGCCUUAACACUGAACCAAGGUACUACAAAACCUCGCCAUACGAAAUUCAGCGGGUCGACGACAGAGGGCGUCGGACCACUAGUCACUCCCGUUUCUAGCAGCGCUUCAAAAGACGACUCCGGGGUAGCGUAUUACAGACUUUUCAACAGCAAAACUGGAGCUACUUGUAUUUUACUGAAGACUGAUGCUGUAGUAGAGGUGCAGUUUAAAUUACACGAUUUGGAUGAAAAAGCGGACUCUUUCAUCCCCGAAAAAGCUCUUAUAGAAGGAGACUGUAAGGAUGAGGAUGCUGCCUUCAUGCGGAUUUCUUGGACUGGAUAUAGUUUAGUCAUUAACUUUGCAAAGACACCAGGUGGAGAACGAUGGUACAUCAGUAGUUUAGGAUUAAACAUUAGUCCAGAUUUACCACAGUUUCAUGGCAUACCAAUUCAAAGAAAAUCAUCGAUUAAACUCUACCACCGCAAAAUGCUAAUCCCAACUCCAGUAGGCAAAUCCUAUUCCUGCAGCGAAGUGGAAGUCUCCCUAGAAACCGACGAAGAGGACAACCCUCCUCCAGGAAUCCACGGAAUCCUCUUCCUCAGGCUCCUCCAGGUCCAACCGUUCAUGUACAAAAGCGAAGACUUCGAAACCGCUUUCGAAUGCAAGCCCCAAAGAUCAUUCAGAGACGAAACUGCCCCCAUAGCCGUGGGAUCUACUCUGGCCAUUGCCGUUUUGGUCACUAUUUCGGGAUAUGGGGCCUAUAGGUAUUUCAAAGUUAAGAACGUUCAAUACAAUACCAUGGAAUAAAUUCAUAUCGUGGACGAAGUAUAGGUCGACAGAAAUAUCUGGAACCGCCAAGGUCAGACCGAUCGAACCCUUUGGUUAUGCGCUGUUGUCAGAUCAAUCAGGUUUCAAAGGCUUUUCGGAUUUUUAUUUGUUACCUGUUUCACAAUAAAAUUUUCUAUUGCGCAAAUUUUAAAACAUUGUGUAUAAUUUCACGGGAUUAUGCACUGAAGUGGAUGAUCGACCUGCGAGCCAUAAUACCGCGGUUUUAAAGAACGACGGUUUUACUCGCGGCUCGUUGCUGCUGAUCGACUAGCAAGCAAAACAGUCGUGUUAACCGUUCACAGCCAACAUGUCGUAACCUUGUUACUUUCUUUCCUGUAGGAAGCUCGCAAUGAUUGAAUUUUUUCUUGACAUCGGCUCUUGUUGAGUUUUUGGUUAAUGUUUUUUAUGAUAUUUAAGGGUUUAACAUAUUGAUGGUGAAAGUUCCCAACCUCCCAUGUCCAUUUUUGGCUAUUUUGUUUUGUUACCGUAAAUUAAAGAGUACAUAUAAGUAUUUUUACUGUUUAGAAGCUCUUAUGUCGUUAUUUCAUAUGGCUAUCUACAAACCAAUUAAUGAAAUAACGACAAAGGAGCUUGUAAACGGUAAAAAUACAUAUUUCUUUAAUUUAGGGUAACAAAACAAAAUAUCCAAAAAUUGACAUAGGAGGUUGAGAACUUUCACCAUCUAUAUGCGGUAAGUCGAAUUGCUUUGUUUUUGUACUCUGGCGAUUUACAUUUCCAUAAACAAGAACAGUCUCGUAAACAAUCUAUAAAUUCCAAUAAAAGUCGUGGCUGAGAGUUCGCAUAUCCAUGAGACCAUUAAACUGGUCUUUUCACUGCAACGGUCGCUGAAAACUGCCGGUUUGGCUCGCCAGCCGUGAUACACGUGCGGUUUUAAACGACGAGCCGAAUAAAAAAUAAAACAAACUGACGAGCCACAAGCCAGGCUCGUCGGUAUAUAAAACCGCGGUAUUGCAAUGAUACACUGGCGAGCUUUACCGACGAGCCACAAAACUGCGGUUUUACUCGCCGCGCCUGUCGAUCAGGGCUUUUAGUGUCCCAUUUUUCACGACACUUUUAAUAAUCAUAUUUAUUUAUAAAAUAUUAACUGUAUUCUACAUAAACAAUUAUUCGACAAUUUUAUCUGACAAUAUCGCAAAACCACUGAUCUCGUGCACAAUACAUUUUAAAUAGAUGUUUACUCUGCAGCAACGCUGCAGUGUAGAUUCAGUAAACUGUAGUCCUCUCUCCUUGAUUUGCUACCUGUGUGACCUUCGUAGAUUCAGAUAUUUCUGUAUAUUUGUAGUGGCGGAAUUUUGAGGAUAUUAAUUAUUGAUGUCCUUAAAACUUUGCUGCUCUUAGUAAAAAUAUUAGUAAAAGUAAAGAAAAAUAUCAAAUUAUUAAGAUUUAUUUGACAUUGUUUUUAACAUUAUUUUUAACAAACUUUACCAUAUCAAAUAAAACAUAUGAUUUUUUCUCAAUUACAUAUCUACUUAAUUACAAAGCUCAACUAACAUCGUCGCACGAAAUUUUUUAUGUUCAUUUUUAAUCAAAUGGCAAAAAUGUACUACAAAGAGAAACAUUUCUUGAUAUCACGUAUUUUCGAUUAUUGCAUGUAUUGUUUUUUUUGUAACGUAGCUAUUUCGAUAAUUGAUAUAUUUAACUAAAUAUUUCUGGUUUCAAAUCAACUGACGAGAAUUUCUCGUAACAGGACAGGAAUGCCUAAACUGGCAAAAGAUCUGAAUCUGAAUAACGAAAUUCAGAGAAACUUCAGACAGAAGAUUAGAGACGUAAAAGAGGCGACAGAUGCAAGGAAAUAGAAGAUCUGGAUAAAAAGUAUGAUAGUAUUGACAGCUUUAAUUGACGCAAAAAUAAAAAGAAAUGGUUCUAGAAAAAGCACAAGAACGAAUAUCAGCAAAAUAAUAAAAGGAAUAUUACGAUUGAUGUGAGGGAGACAUUGUGUCACUGGACCAAUUACAUCCAACAACUCUGUAAUGGUGUUAGAGAAUCACUGUCAUUAAAAAUCACAAAUGAUACUGGACUAGCAAUAUUAUUAGAAGAAGUCAUCUAUGCCACCAAAAACACAAAAGAGGACAAGCCUACUGGACCAGAUGAUGUGCCCAUCGAAUUAUUAAAACUCAUUGAUGAAUAUGUUAUUGAUGUAACGGUUGAAGUCUUUAAUUGAAUACAUCAGCUUGCUACAACCCCCAGACAAUGGCUGCAAUCGACUUUUGUAGCAAUUCCCAAAAAGUCAAGGGCAACAACCUGCUGAGAUCAUAGAGCAAUAGCUUUAACGAGUUACACACUUAAAACAUUUUUGAAAUUAAACAGAGCAAAAUUGUUAAAACGCUUAAGGAGCAAAUUAGUGACACACAAUUGGGCUUUAGAAAUGGCAUGGGCACAAGUGAUGUUUUGUUCGGCUUGAAUGUGCUGGUCUAGAGAUUCAUGGACAUGGACAUAAAUCUCCCGUUGUACUUAUGUUUUGUAGAUUUUGAUAAGGAGCAAAAAAAAAUCAUGUAGAUUUAUUAAAAAGCAAAAACAUUGACAGUUGUGUCAAUCAAAAAUAUAGAUAUCAAAAUUCAGAGAGGAAUCCGCCAGAGUUGAGUGCUGUCCCCACUCCUCUUCAAUGUCUAUUGUGUGUCACUAAUUUGAUCCUCAAGCGUUUUAACAAUUUUGUUCUGUUUAAUUUCAAAAAUGUUUUAAGUGUGUGACUUUAAAGACGCGUUCUCAGAUUCAAUUGAAGGUAUAUCUAUCAUAGAAGAAGUAUUAAAUAACUUAAGUUUGCAGACGCUACAGUAAUAAUGACGGAUAACAACAAUUAUUUACAGAACUUAAUGCAAUGUCUUAAUGAAUGGCACCAAAAAAGACGCAAAAAGAGAAAAGUAGAGAACUGAUGGAGAUGCGUUUGUACAGGUAGGGAUAUAAACAGGCUGAAGGAGAAGAAUUUAAAAUAUAUUAAAAUUUCAAAUACUUUUCAAGCUUGUCUACUAGCUUUCUAUCUAUCGACGAACCUGGUCGACAAGAACUUGUUCUGUGGACUGCUUUGUAAAUGACAUAAUAUUAAAUGCAAUAUAUUAUUAUAGUUGUAUGUAUAUAUAUCUACGUCUUUACCUUAUUACUCUGUAUACAUAAUACAUACAUGAAAAAAUUGAAGUACAAUUUGCCAUUUAAUUUAAAAUAAACAACAACAUAUCAUCUUUUUAUUGUAACAUAUACGUAAUAUACUCAAUAUUUUGGUCUUUUGUUAAAAAAUAUAUAUUUUAUAGAAAAACGGAAUAGUUUAGAUUUUUCGCGCAUUGCGAAUUGAGAUAUUCUUUUCAUUUUUUAUAGAGAUAUUUAAUACUUGUGUUUGUCAAUUGUCAGAUGUCAAAAGUUGUAGCGAUGUGACCGAAUAUGGUGUAUUAUCACAGUAUAAGCAACUAAUAAUAAUAUUAUAUAGGGCUUUUCAUCGAUUGUCAUUUGUUUCGAGCUUCUGUCAUGUGUCACAUAAUAUUAAUAUAUCUACGUCAUACGUCUUUGGUUUGUAUCAUUGGUACAUACCAAUAACGUACGACGUAGAUAAAUUAAUAUUAUGUGACACAUGACAGAAGCUCGAAACAAAUGACUGUGAAUGAAAAGCCCUAUACAGUCGGAAAAAUGAAAGAUUACCCAUGAACGAUCACAUCAAUCACUUAUUUUGUAUAGAGCUUUUCAUUCAUAGUCAUUUGUUUCGAGCUUCUGUCAUGUGUCACAUAAUAUUAAUAUGUCUACGUCAUACGUCUUUUGUUUGUAUCAUUAGUAUAUACCAAUAACGUAUGACGUAGAUAUAUUAAUAUUAGACGACACAUGACAGGAGCUCGAAACAAAUAUUUGAUGUCUUUCUUUUAUAAAUACCAAACGUUUGUUAUAGAAAAAGACAGCAAAUACAAAAUAAGUGAUUGAUGUGAUCGUUCAUGGGUAAUCUUUCAUUUUUCCGAAUUUAUGGGACUAUGAAGUAUGAGCUACAGGUGAGCCGAUUCUGAAAGAUUCGGUUUGUGGAGGUUAUAUUUUUAUUUAUUUACUUUGAACUAGAGAUUUACAAAUAUACGAAUCGUUUCUAUAUCAGCUCCCAGUUUAUAAAUUGAAAACUUUUAGGAAUGGAAUCACCUAAAGGAACGACUAUCGUGACUAUCCUAGGGUUCCUAGGAUACUGCUUAUAAUAAGGUUGUUGGUUAUACUGUAAUAGAAUAUACCUACCUUUUAUCUUUUCUUAUUAUACCUGCAUCAUAAUCUUAGUACCUAGAACUUGGCCUUCUUAUUUUAAUCUUGAAGGAAGGCUGUGCCUAAAAAUUUUUCUAGACAACGUCAAUUAUUAACACAAUUUACGUUAUUUUAUAAGUAGAAAGGUGCUCAACAUCGUGGCUGUCAGCUGUCAACACGUGGGCAUGGGCAAUCCAACACGGCGGUUGUCAGCUGUCAACAUAUGGUCGAUCCAACAUUGCUGCUCCAUGAGCGAAAAUUUUCUCCCAUAUAUCCCCACCAAAUUGGAUUCUGCUCUCAUUAGAGCUGUAUACAAUUACUUCCCGAUGUUCUCCUCCUUUUUGACAUUGUCCUAUCUCCUUUAAUUUUUUUCUCCACUUUUUCCAUAUCGAAUUUUAACUCAUUCUCGAAUUUUUCUUCCACCUUUUCAAUUUCAUGUAUAUCUUCUCAGUAAUCUGGUUUACCUCUUCCUGCAUUUUCUUUAAAUAAACCUUCAUACUUCCAUAUUUUUUUAACUCUCAACGAACAGCAUCGUUCGUUGAAUCCACUGAAAUCCUCAUACCGAUUUGAAAGAUGUUCCUCGAAAGUGACUCUAAAACCUCUCAAUCCAACACUCUGGGCUGGAAGAUUUGAUGCAGUUAAUACAUUGAAACACAGAUUUUGCGAUGUUUUGAAGUGCCUUUCAAGUCUAGUUCUGACAAGUAACAAAAUAAAUGAAAGAGACAUCAUCAUCAUCAUCAAUGGAGUUACAACUCUUCGUGAGUCUUUGCCGCGUUUACUAAUGCCUUCCAUGUUUGUCGGUCCUGUGCCACCAAUUCCCAUUGUCUCACUCCCAUAUUCUUCAGAUCUUCUUUGACUGCAUCUUUCCACCUUUUUCUAGGCCGUCCUACACAUAGGCGUAACCAGAGGGGGGUUUUGGGGGUUAUAACCCCCCCAUUGGGAUGUACUUUGAGCUCUAUACGCUUAACACCAUACCCGCUAGAGACCUUCUAGUAGUUGUAACCCCCCUUAGGGCCUUGUAACCCCCCUUAGGGCCAUCCUGCUUAAGCCGUUGGUCCUACAGACCUUCUUUCAUCUGGCCUUUCCCAGAACACAUUGUUUAUAAGGCGAUUGUCGUUACUGCGUAUCACAUGCCCUGCCCAUCUGAGUCUAUUGGCCUUUAUAUAUCUGACUAGAUUUUCCUUUCCGGAUAGAGACUCUAACUCGUUAUUGUAUCUGCGCCUCCUUUCAUUUGUCACGCUGUCUCUGAAAAGAAAGAGACAAAGUAGUACAACUGAAAAAAGAAACUAGUAGUGCAAAAUAAAAUCCUUAAAAUCUUCAACAUAGUCUCGAAAACACUGCAAUGAAAAUCUUUGGACUUUUUAACAACUUACAGUUUACUUGAAGAGAGCCGUUUAAAACUAACUGAAAUGAGAGGACAAUGUGAAACCUUCUUUGAAGAGGCUUCAAAUAUGUGUCAACGUUGUGGAAUACCAGUAGAGUUCGCUCCAAAAAGAAUGCAGAAGACGAAAAAACAUUUCGAUGAACUGGGCGAAGAUGAAAGACUUCAAGAUCCCAAGUCAUGCUUUAGCGUAACCGUGUUUUACUUAAUGAUCGACACAUUAUGUCAUCAGCUAGACACUCGCUUCCAAGGAAUGAAAGCAGUGUUAGGUACGUACCGACUUGUUCAACCUGAUUUUAUUUUGAAUGUAAACGAACAAGACCUUCAAAAUGAAGCAAUCAACUUCGUAAAACGUUUUCCAGAUGACUCAAGAUGAGAGAUGGGAGUUUACUUACCCCCCUUUUCCGUUGGGGUAAACCCCCUGAGACCACCCGGUAGGGGCCCCCAGUUCACGUUUGCACCGGGGACCCCAAUAUCGUAUUUACGGCCCUGCAACAUGGACUUGAAAGCUGGACAUUGAAGCAAUACCAGAUAAAUAAGCUGAAGUCAUUUGAAAUGUGGUUUUACAUAUAGUUCGUCCGCUAUAACUUUUCCCAUGCGUCACGAUUCAUUUUCAAACAAAUUAAGUCAAAACAUAAAGUGAAACGAACGUCGAUAUGUAUUAUACAUUUUGUAUACUAUAUACUACACACAGCGGCGUACGUUUCACUUUAUGUUUUGACUUAAUUUGUUUGAAAAUGAAUCGUGACGCAUGGGAAAAAUUAUAGCGGACGAACAAUAAGGAUGCUUAGAAUAGCAUGUGCACAGGAGAAUACGAACACGGAAGUAUUUCGAGAGAGAUGGAUAAAGAAUACGAAAUAAUAAACACAAUAAAAAUAAAAAAGUUACAAUAUCUGGGACACAUAAUUGAAUAAGUAUGAAGAAGAUGAAUGGAAAAAAUAGUAAGAACGAGAGUAUCACGGUUGACAAAUUUAAGGGACUGGUUAAUACAGUUCAAUAGAACUUUAAAGCAGCAAUAGAUAGCGUAAAGAUAGUGAUGAUGAUAUCCAAUCUCCGGUUAGACGGCAUUCCAAAAGAAGAGGAAGGGCAAUGGGGCAGGAAUCUAUAUGGAUGUCAUCAGAUUCAGGUGCCUUGCUAUGUUUUGCAGAGCUGUAGAAGUAUGGAAAGUAAAGAAUGAUAUGUUGUUUGAGGAGAUAAGGUUUCUCGUGGCUAUGAUUAAUUUUAUCAUGAUUAAGUUUCCUUAGCAGGCUGGAAGCUUUUCUGCUAUAUUUUUUAAACUUUGAUACUUUUAGUGGGAUGGAAACAGCAUCUGCUAAUCAUAUUGAGAAUUGAUUUAUUAUCUUGCACUCAAUAUGAAGAGGAUGCUUCAGAUAAAUCCUUGAAUAUACAGACCAUACCAGUACUGGUAAAAUAAUCAUUAAUUUUUGCGUUCAUAUAUAAGUCGUUCCUGUGUUUCAACAUAAUAUAUUUACAUUGUCCAUGUCAAUUCUAAAUAAAAAAUAAUGCAGGUACAAUAAAAAUAGCAUAAAAUAGUCGUAUGUAAGUAUCUUUAAAGCACUUCAGGUAGUGCUUGAGCAUGCUUUAAAGGUCCAUCUAUAUGUUUGGAUCAUAAUAUACCAUUGUUGUUUUCAUUGAAACAUCAGUUUCAUUUCUUAGAUUUAUAUAAGUCCGGUUCUAAAUAGAAAAAGCAACAAAUUGUCAUAUAUAUUAGUCAAUAAUAAUUUGUAUAAAAUACGUCAUUAUAUCUAAAAAAUACGGCUAAGAUUGAGAGCAGUAUUAAACUAGAAAAAACAUUUAAAAUUGUAAACAAUAAAAAUAUUCAUAUUUUUUGAAAAUUUUCUGAUUCUUUUCAAAAUCACUCAUGUAGUUUUAGACUAUGGCACUAUUCAACUGUAUAUAGUUAUACCAAAGGUUAUAUAUAAAAAUUUUGAAAAUGUUUGAAUAUUUAUUAUACAUAAGAGCAUAUCUUUAUAACGAAAUCUGCUAAGGAUUCUUUUUGAUUACAAAUAAUUCAAUUGCUCACUAAACUAUCAACUAAAUUAAAUUUUCUAUUUACUUCACUUUUUUAUGUCCAAACGUGAUCAUUUAUUAAAGUGUUCAGCCCAGGACCGUUGCACUGAAACGGGUGGUCCAUAUCCUGUCUGUAGUAUUGCAAGGUCGCAAUGUAGUAUUGCAAGAUCGCCAUGUAGUGUUCGCGUUCCCACUAAAUCUCCUUGAAAAGGUCAAAGCAAGAAGAACCAGAAGAGCAGCUGGCGGAACCAGAAGAAUAGCCUAGCGUAGGGUGGAGUGUUAUAAACCAUGCUCUUUAACGUGUUCACUAAUGAUCAACUAAUUAUUAAAAGUACCGAACACUACCUGUACGCUGACGACUUGCUUUGGCCGUACAAGAGAGAACCUUCGAAUUCACUAAAGCCUAACCCCACCACAACGCAAGUCCGCAUUUUCCACCUAAGAUCGAGGGAGGCUAAAAGAAAGCUGAAGAUGAAAUGGAACGGAGACCAACUGGAAUAUGCGGAGCAUCUAAUAUACCUCGGAGUAAAGUUGGACAGAACACUAACAUAUAAAGCACACUGCCAAAAGACCACUCUGAAGGUAUCUUCCCAUAAAAACUUACUUCACAAACUCCGUUACUCUAAUUGAGGGGGGGGGGCAUUUAGUUUUAAAAGAAAAAGCUGAAGAAAUAACUGAAAAUUUGGAUAAUGUGAACUUCAAAGCGACCAAAUGGAUGGUUCCGCACAUGGAAAAAUUGUUCACCAGUUCCUUUAAAAAAUGUCUCAAAAACUGGAGUAUGGGUAUUUUAUACCCUAUAGCUAGACAGCUUACUUGUUAAUAUAAACAUUUUUAAUAGGUACAGCGAGAAAAAAAGUGAGCAUCGUGCUUAUUAUACAGAAAAAAAGUGUGCUUAUAAUACACAAUUGGUAAACACAGACGAAAUUAAUUAUAUUAGAACUCGAAAUACGACGUAUCUUAGUACAGCACAAUCAACAUGUCCUCAAAACUGCCCUUGAUGCAUUUUGAGAACAUUUUGAGAUGUUUCCAUUCUAACACAUAUCUAUAAAUAGUACAAUCAUUUUAUAGUACAGUCGUGUUCUUAUUGGAUCUCUUUCUUUAUUACAUUUCUAUCACAAAACAUAUCGGGUAUAUCAGUAACUAAGUAUCUCAGUUUAUUCGUAAGAUGUGAUACUAACGCAAUAGUUCUAAGAAGCCUUAGCAGGUUUUUUGACUUUAAUAUUGUAAAAACUCUUUUCAUCGUUACUUACUAUAGGAAACACGAAUAAACCAAAGUUUUAAUACAGAUCUUGUAAAGCAGGCAUAACUUAUGUUCUGUUACAUUCGAAAAAUACCAGUAUAACUUUUGAAAUAACGGUUUAUUUGGACAUCGUACAGAAUACGUUUCGGUGAAGAUAGCUACAAAUUAAUGAUGAGUGACAUAAUGGCGUUGACCCCAAAAUCUUAACUGUCAUGAACACGCCUAACUUCACGCGCAACUUUGAUACAUCCAAAAAGCAUAGGCACCAAGUUGGAAACGACCAUAUUCAUAUACAAGGCCACUCGCAUGUAUACAUAAUAUUAAGAAAAAUAAAUAUAUAGAAUAUAUUAUAUGUAUAUAUAAUGGAUUUCUACGGCUGUCGCCGCCUCUCCAUACCCAGCUUCCAAUUUUUUCUAUCGUAACACAUAUCUUCAUCUAAUUGCCUCGAAUCCAUUGCCUCCUGAAUAUUGUCCCUCUAGCUUCUCCGUGGUCGUCCUCUUCUUCUUCUCUCCUGUGGGACCCACUAUAAUAUUUUUCUCGGCCAGCGAGUCUCAUUCAUUCUUUUAACGUGACCGAACCAUGUCAGCUGUCUCUUUUUCAAUAUCGUCUAUUAUAGUUUUUUCCACCUUUAUACGUUCUCCAAUUGUUUCAUUUCUUACAUGUUCUAAUCUCGAAACCUGACAACUUCUCAAAAAGUCCAUUUCUGUACUAAGUAGCUUCUUUUUAUUUCUUGCACUUAUGUCCCAAACUUCUGCACCGUAGAUUGUAGCGCUCUUCAUUAUACUUUCAGAGAAUAUAGAAUAUAUUUAGAAAUUGAAUUUAUGAUGCCAUGCUAUCAUACCUAUUUGUUAUACGUGACGUUUGACAGUUCAAUGUUGUUGAUGUUUUGCCACGUUUUGAGCCGCAGCCGACAUAACGAAUUUCAUCAUUUUGUAGCUAUCUUCACCGAAAUAAAUUCUGGACAUUGUCCGUUUUGUUUAUUGAUGAUUAAGUUUUGUUAUGUACUAUUAAAAGUUUAUGUAUGAGUUAUUUUCAAUAUGGACUAAUUAGUACCUAGAUGGCGCGGCGUGCUCAUUCAAUUGUUUAUGAAAUCCGUCAAUACGCUUCGCUGUCUUACUGUAUACUACAAGGUGUUUUAUUUAGUGUAUCGUGAAUUCAAAUUCAAAUUUGACCAAUAUUAUGACCAAAAGAUCAGAAUAUACUUUUCAGAAAGUUUUUGAGUCCGAAUCUGAGCUAUAUACAUUGUAUUGGCAAACUGGCUCUGAUUUGUAAAUAGGUGAGUUAACAAUGUUCAAACUUUGUACAAAAUUGUAUGCAAAAACCAAAAUACAAUAGUUAUUAGAUUCUGUAAAAACAAAAGAAUUGAUCAUUAGUAAAACAGGUAGGUAGUUCAAAAACUCAGAAGUCUGGUAAGAAAAAGUCUAGGAAAGACAAGGAAGUACAAAAUAUCACUGUUAAAUAAAAUACUACAAGGAAAGAAAGGCAUACGAGACUGGAAAAAGAAAACAAGCUAAUGCAGAAAUCUAAUUACACAACUAAUUAAUGAUAAAACCGAGGAAAUUACAGAGAUUCAAAAAAUAACCAUAAUUAUAUAAAAUUACUACCAAGUAUUAUACGAGAACGAAAUAAAAAAUGAGAUGUGUGCUAAGCAAAAUAAAAGUGUGAAGAAUAGUACUAACAAGCUGAAAAUGCGAGCAUUAUCAUAACGAAAACUUUGUUUAUAUACGUAUUUAAAUUCAUAAUAUAGAAAAUUGCUAUUACGAAAAGCUGUUUAGAAUUAAAAAUUAUGUUUUAAUGUGCAAGUAUAUCAUUCUAAUUUAAAUGUUGUGAACUAUAAAGAUACUUUACUCGAAAUUCAUAUUUUUUUACAUACCUCGUAUAAAAUUAAUAAAAUUUGAUUCAUGAUGGUUUGCAUCAUAAAUCUUAGACCAAGAAGAGAUUUUUAUGAAGAAUAACUUUUCCUCGCCAAAUUAAAAAUACAAGAGUUAUAAAUGAAAAUGAUGUUGGUAUCCAUAAUUUGAGAAAAUUCGUCAAAUAUUGUUUUCCAUUAGAUGGAUGUAAAUUUAUAUAUCAGAACAUACUUUUUUAUUCCAAACCACAUUUUAAAUAACAAUUUUCCAAUAUUGUAAAAUAAAUAAUACAUACAUGAUAAAGAUACUCUUUACUGAUGAACUUACUUGGAUCUACAGAUCGAGCGAGUCUCGUAAAUUCCACGGCUUUGCGCCACGCUGCACGCAACCGUAUUUGCGUACUUGUGUUUUGAGUUGUGUGGUCGUGCGUUGGUCGAGUGGAGUUAUAAUUUACCAAAUUUAAAUACAAUCGUUUCUACUGAUUCAUUAUUAAUAUAGUAUAAUGUGUAUUAUUGCUUUCAAAAUAUACUCAAAUUGUAUUUUUAUACAUUUAUUACACAUAUUAUUUUAUAUAAUAAUUAAAUUCACUAUAAAAUGUCAUUUAUAUUUUAUUAAUAGCUAAAUAAUUUAAAAUUUAAUUUGACAUUCACGAAGUGUCAAACUCAAAUGUAAAUAAUAACAUUUGCUUUGCUUAACAAAUUCAGAUUAAAAAAGUAGCCUACUUCCUAAUCAAAGAUUUCAGCUGACGUUUAGUGCCUGGUAGGAAAUAACCGGAUUGUGACGUCACAUUUUAGAUUUUGAGGUCGAUUAUCUCGAAGACAGUUAGAGAUAUCGAAAUGCCGUUUUCAGAUUUGGAUUCAGAAGACAAAACUAGAUAAGAAUCCAUCGAUACAUCUGCUCUAAGUAUUGCAGGAGCGGCAACGCAAUAACACACAGACUUUUGCAAAUUUAUAAACGAAAAGUUUUCGUUGAAAAUAAUGAUGAAAAAGUAUGGAAAACAACACAUCAUAAAAAUGUUAAAAUAUAUUUUUAAUAAAUCUAGGAAAAUGUGAAUUACUCGCAGCUUGGUUAAAUGAUCUCAUAAUACUGAUAUUUAAAAAGGAAAAUUAUAGAUACUCUUGUAUAAACUAUUUGUGAAGAAUAACAUUACGAUCUACAAACAAACUGGAUAGCUAUCCGCCUCUGGAACAAGCAGGAUUUAGAAAAGGUUAUAGCUCCAUAUCUGGGGCAUAUUUAUAAUGACAUUCCGCCGAUACUAGAUACUGCAGUUAAUACUCAACGAAAAGAUCGACGGAAAAAGAGGAAUUGGUAGAGAGAGAUAUUCAUGGUUCUGAUACCUUCGUCAAUGGACUGGCUUAUCAGUAAUAUAUCAGUCAGUAUAGCAAAAACUAAAUAUCUAACAAACGAAUCUCUAGGUAUAACUGACGUUAUAACUACGGAAAAUAACAAUUAAAGGUUGGAUCGUAGGACAAAAAAGGACUUAGGAUAAAAAAUCGAACAAUGGAAGCUAACCUAAAGGCUGAUUUAAAUAGAUGUCCCUUUACAUGGGCAGUAUUUGGCAGAUUAAAAUAAUUAAAAAUAGUAUUCAAAUCGAACUUUCCAAAUACUGUAAAGGCAAAAUCUUUCGAUCAGUAUGUAUUGCCGGCUCUGACAUAUGAAAGUCUAUUAGUCCACAAAUUCCAAGUGACUGGACUACAUGAAACACCUUGUAAAGAUAUGCCAAAGAUUUACUGUACGAAAUAACAUGGUUAUACAUAUUACAUACUCCUGCAUAUCAUUGCAUUAUACAGUUUCUUUAUUAAGUAGUUGUAUAUAUAAAUUGUAUGGGAACAAAAGUUAUUUAUGAAAAUUUGUAUUUUUAGAGUUGUCAAUUUACAAGAAGAAUAUCAUUAUAAUGUUUUCUUUGCGAUUUUAGUUAGUAAGGGUCGUUGUAGCAUCAGUAAAAAUGUGGAAAACAAUUUUUUUUAGAAAGUUUGACUAACUAUGAGACUAGUUAGUCAAAUCCGUAUCUGCAUGUCUAAAUUUUGUAAAAUAAUCAUUUCUUAAUUUUCUGCAGGUAUUUGACGCUCUGCUUCAGAAACCUUACUUAUACAAUACACUUGCAUUCAUCACAAUGUUAUUAGCAGCGGCUACAGAAUAAAUAAUAAAUAUAUCAAAUAUUCCUAUAGAUGUUAAAAAUUUACAAUAUUAUCACUCAUUAUCAACAUCCAGCCUUCUGCGUCUAAAGUUGAACAUAGGCAUCUCUUAAUUUCUUCCAGUCCGUUCAGUUCUGUUAGUCUAGAGCUUCCUGCAGAUAGUUCCCAACGAUCCUUUUGACGUUGUCUGCCCAUCAAGAUGUUUUCUUGAAGAUGAUGAAGGAAUGCGAAGACAUACAAACCAUACAAACGACAAACCUGGAAUAUCUAGGCCACAUAAUGAGAAGGGAAAAGUACUCUCUGCUAAGACUCAUAAUCCAAGGAAAAAUCUCGGGAAAGAGAAAUGUGGGACGUAGGAGAAUUUCCUGGUUGCGAAAUUUAAGGGAGUGGUACGGGUGUAGUUCAAUACAAUUGUUCAGAGCUGUAGCCAACAAAGUUAAGAUUGAUGUGAUGGUAGCCAACCUCCGAUAGGAGACGGUACUGCAAGAAGAAGAAGCCCAUCGUGUAGGUGGUCUACCUCUGCUUCUUCGGUUUGAUUAUGGUUUCAAUAUGGUUUUGUCUACUUUGUCCAUUUAUAAGUAAAUUUGAAUUUUCUAGACGGCAAAUCAGCUUGGAGUUGAUACUUUUUUCUAAUCGCUUGCCUAUUGCAUGUUAUUGGUGUACACGAAUCAGGGUCUAGACAUGAUUUUUGGCUUUUGAGAAAUGGGAGAAUGAUAUUUUUGGUCAAACAGAUGGGUACUGAUGCCGUUGUCAGAUUUAGUUAAAUAAAUGUAGCAUGUAGUGUCAAAAGGUGCUCUUAGAUCUCUUCCCUCCUAAAAUCAUCUUUUUAAUACCCUUCUCACUACGAAACUGUUUUCAUUUACUUGUCUUCAUGUGUAAUUAUUAUUUAUCUAAGACAAGAUCAAAUUAAAUUAAAAGAUUCAUCCUCCAUGACAAUGUAAGACAGAAACAGAAUAGGUGGAAGGCAACUUUAUAAUGCCAGCAAUGUUUCUUGACAAAAAUAUGAAGACGUAGGAAAUGAGGAAGGACAUAAAAACCUGCAUUUCAGUAAGAUCUGCGCUGUUACCAUAAUAACCAUAUUUUGGCAUUACCAAAAUAGCGUGCCUUAAGGCUUCGUAAGGAGCUAUUUAAAAACUAAAUGUUUAGAUCUUUAUAUGUAUCUCAUAAAUUUUUAAACCGAUUAUUUCUCUAGUAACUUUCUCUAUACAAAAAUGUAUUGAACAUAAGAAUGGGUAGCUAGCUCAAGCAUGAACAAUUCCUAGUUGAUUCCAAAUUCUAAUUGUUAGCAAGAACCACAAAGGUACAAUCAAUCAUUUAGGUAACUAGUGAUGAGUAACAGUAUAAAUACUAGAGGUUUAUCCAAUCCCUAGUGGUAAGAAUAGAGCCCAAAUGAUAGGAAAUAGUAAUUACUAACAAAAUAAUCGAUCUAGAUUUGAGUAUCUAUCUGUGAGUAGAAAUGUCCUGAAAUGGAACUCCAAUGAAGAAAUAAGAAGACUAUCAAAAGUAACAGAUGUAAUCCAAAAUCUAACAAUAAAACACUGAAAACGUUUGUUUUCUAUACUUCCACAAAAUUUAUUAUAACUAAGUGACUACAGCUGUUUCGGCGGAGUGCCUUUCUCAAGUGAUAUAGUUUACAAUGUGUUUGCCUUUUUAAGUCUUCAACUGAAGAGGUUGAGGAGUGGGGAGCUGUUUGUCUCGAGUUGGUCAUUCAGAAUUAUAUCUGUAUUUUUCAGUUUAUUAAUUUCCAUAGAUUCUAAAAAAGAUAGCUUAAGGCUUAGAAUCUAUGGAAAUUAAUAAACUGAAAAAUACAGAUAUAAUUCUGAAUGACCAACUCGAGACAAACAGCUCCCCACUCCUCAACCUUUUCAGUUGAAGACUUAAAAAGGCAAACACAUUGUAAACUAUAUCACUUGAGAAAGGCACUCCGCCGAAACAGCUGUAGUCACUUAGUUAUAAUAAAUUUUGUGGAAGUAUAGAAAACAAACGUUUUCAGUGUUUUAUUGUUAGAUAAAAUGAACUUCCAUCAAGUAACGGUCGAAUCCAUCAAUUGAAAUCCAAAAUAUUGUCAUGUUACAAUGGGACUGGGCAGGACACAUAAGAAGAAUGGAAGACAUCCGUUGGAUAAAGCGAAUUGUUGAAUGACAGUCCAAAGGAAAUAAGAGAAGUAGAGACAGACCUCCAACCAGAUCGAUUGAUGACACCAAGCGGAUGGCUGCUCACAAAUUGACGCAAAAACCAACGAAUAGAAAUGAAUGAACACUCCUAAGGGAGACUUUCAUCCGAUGAUGGAUGGAUAAUAUGUUGAUGAUGCUAGGAUGCUCCAUCAAUCAAUACAUGAUCUCUUUGAAUAUUUGUCCAUAUUUAUUAUUACCUUAUAUUACGAUGUUACAUUAUAACUAUUUUCCUAGCGAAUUGGAUGCUUAAGAUGACUAUGCCUGACUAUGCACCUAUGAUGCGAAAUUAAAAAAUAGAAAAUCACCAGGAGAGGACAGAAUAUCGAAUGAACUCCUAAAGUAUGGAGGACAAGACCUGACCAAACAAUUAUUAAAACUAAUCCAAAAAAUUAUAGAACAAAACAGAAUACCACAAGAAUGGAGAUCAAGCAUCCUAAUACCUCUCUUCAAAAAGGGAGAAAAAUCGGACCCGGAGAAUUACAGAGGAAUUAAUUUAUUAAACACAACACUAAAAUUAACGACCAAAGUGAUAACAAACAAACUGAAUAAAAUUAUAACAUUAGCAGAAUAAGGUUUUAGGUCGGGAAGAUCAUGCACCGACGCUAUAUUUAUAAUGAGGCAGAUUCAGGAAAAAUCGUUAGAAUACAACAAACCGGCAUACUUAUGUUUUGUGGACCUUAAGAAGGCAUUUGACAGGGUAAAAUUAAAGGACGUUAUCCAUUUAUUGUACGCAAGAGAGGUACCUCUAGGAAUAAUUAAAACGACCGAAAAUAUCUACCAGAGCAACACAAUAAAAGUAAAAGUAGAUGAAGAACUAACUGGCCCAAUUGAAGCUGGCAAUGGGAUAAGACAGGGAGAAUCCCUGAGUCCUCUGUUAUUCAACCUGAUCAUGGACGAAAUAAUAAAAAAGUAAGAACAAAAAAAGGAUACCAAAUGGGAGAAAAACAACUUAAAAUAAUCUGCUAUGCAGACGACGCAAUACUAAUCUCUCAAAGUGAAGAUGAUUUACAACGUAUGCUGCACGAAUUUAAUAUAACCGCUAGAAAAUUUAACAUGUUAAUUUCUCCAAAAAAGAUUAAAUGCAUGGUUAUAACAGCAGAUCUAAUAAGGUGCAAAUUAGAGCUGGAGGGUCAAAUAAUACAACAAGUCAUGGAGUUUAAAUAUCUAGGCAUCACACUAUGCAGCUACGGAAAGCUCGAAACAGAAGUGGAAGAACAGGCGAAUAAAGCAAACAGAGCCGCAGGUUGCCUGAAUGAAACAAUAUGGAGAAAUAAAAACAUCGGAAAAGAAGUGAAAGGCAGAAUUUACAAAACAGUUAUCAGACCAAUAAUGACAUACGCGGCAGAAACACGACCUGAUACAGAAAGGACAAAAAGAAUGCUAGAAACAGCAGAGAUGAAAACAUUGCGAAAAAUCGAUGGUAAGACGCUGUGGGAUAGAGCUAGAAGAGCAGAUAUACGAAGGAGAUGCAAGGUGGACAACAUUAAUAACCGGGUAAAAAGCAGAAGAGUAGAAUGGAACGACCACAUAAGCCGAAUGACAACAAAUAAAGUAGUAAGGACUAAGGACGGCGAGAGACGGUUCCCCAAUAGGAAGACGAUCAGUGGGAAAACCACGAAAAAGAUGGAAUGACAACUUACUGGAGGCACAUUGAAAAACAGACAGAGUAAUGUCUAUAUAAAAAGAAGAAGAAGAAGAUGACUAAGCUUCAGCCUGUGGCAAAAUAGAUCAAACAUAAUCCAUUUUCAUUGGUACUAUCAUGUAAGCUGUAUCUUCCUGCCACCGAUAUUAUGUUAUCUUCUUUAACUACUUUUGCGUUUAAAUCGUCUAUUAUUUUAAAUGUUAUGAUUAUAGAAAUUUCUGUAUAUAAUUGGUUUAAGGUUUAAAGAAGUAGAAUUCCUCUUUGUUCUCCUCUAAUCCGGUUAUCAUGUAAACUGAGGAUAUAAUUAGAUCAGCCCACAAGACCCCUUAUUCUUACGACACAGAUUCUUUCAUUAUAUAUUAAUAAAUAAAAAGAAAAAUACUCAAAGUAUAUCCCUUUACAAUCAAGUUUCUUCUUACGGUUCCAAUCGGUUCCGGAUGUUGGCGAUCGGCAAUCAGCAUGGCUGUCCUAACUUUGCUUGCUGCGAUUCGACAUAGUCCGGUUGUAGAUGUAUCAAACCACUUUCUCAGUUUUUGAAGCCAAGAUAUUUUUCUUCUUCUUCCUGGUCCCCUCUUUCCAAAUACCUUGCCCUGAAGAAUGAGUUGCAACAAGCCAUACCUCUGUUCGUUCCUCAUAACCUGGCUAAGAUAUUCUAGUUUACGCUCUUUGAUUGUGUUAAUACAUUGUGUUCUGGCAUUCCUUGCCCAUUCUACGUAGGACCUCAACAUUACAUACACGAUCCGCCCAUGAUAAUAAAGCUACAUAAAUCAAAAGACUAUGUUUUCAAUCUCAUAGCACAUAAAAAAACACCAAAAAAUGUUGUUCCACAUCCUACCAGACUGAAAACAAUGGGAACCUUCUCUGGUAACACCUCCGAGGCUUCUACAAUUUGCAAGCCAUAACGGAUGCUGAGACUAAGGAAGAUGAGGGAAUUUUACAAUUUAUAAUUCACGUCCCAUCUGCUCAGCGCGGUGAAGUUCUAACGAGAAUGGUUCCCUUCGUACUCCAAUCAGAGUAAACAUGUAAAUCAAAAAUGCAUAACCAUUUUCAAUUUCGUUGCAACACGAAACUACAGCCGCAUCAUUAUUCCAGUCCAAUCAGAGAGUGCAGCAAGCACCUCUACCGACGUUUCGAAACCGUUAGAGGUGCUUGCUGCACUCUCUGAUUGGACUGGAAUAAUGAUGCGGCUGUAGUUUCGUGUUGCAACGAAAUUGAAAAUGGUUAUUCAUUUUUGAUCUACAUAAAUCCAUUGACGCCCAAUUUAACACAGUAACGCUUAAGCGAUGGCGUUAUUAUUGACAGUAAUUAAUAAAGAAAAUUAUAUACUUAUUUACUCGAUGAUGGGGCUCUGACCAACUUGCUACCUCCAAGCAGAUUAUUGCUCAGCCAAUGUUCGCCCUCUUCUGACUCUCAGCAUCUCAGAUCAUUUUCAAAAACGUUAAUCCAACGGAGAAAUAUUCUUCCUCCAUAUCUUUUGUUUUCUGGGGUUUCUAUGUUUUAAACACUUGGAUAAUUAAAAAUUCUGUAAUAAAUCUGUUAAAGAAGAAAUCACGACAGAAGGUGGAAAUAUAUGUUUUCUUUUUAGUAACAUUAAGUAAUUAGACGCCAGUUGGUGAGUAGAACAUCAAAUAAAAUUAAAACUAAAAAAAAAUAAAAAUUUAUUCGAUUAUCUGAACUAAAAGUUAUUUUUAAUAAUAAAAUAUUUAUAUUGAUAGUAUUAUCUAAAAAUUUAAAGUCAUACAAGAAAUAUAAUAAACAACACAUCCUUAAGGGUAAGUUCACAUGAGAGGCGCUUAUGGCGCCUUUUACUAAAGCGCAUUUACAACUACAUACAUUUUAUUCAGGCCAUAUACAUACAUGUUAACUGUAUUAAAGCGCGCAGUAACAUGUGUACGGCCUGAAUAAAAUGUAUGUAGUUGUAAACGCGCGUUACCAAAACAGGCAUUAAGCGCUUGUCAUAUGAACUUACCCUAAGCGCUUUUAUAAUGGAAAUUAUAGUGUCGUAAAUUUUAAACUCAAUUUAGCACCUUUGAAUUUCAAUGCUCUCCAUAUUUUUAAGAUGCGCACGGACGUCCUGCAAAUUUUCAUAGAAAAUUUUGUAAAUGCCAUGGCCUGUCUUCCAUAUAAAAUAAAACAUAUGAUAAUUAAAUACCAAGUAGUUCGAUGUGUGUUAAUUAUAGGUAAUUUAAAUUUAUGGAAAUAAUUAUACAUGCAUAUGAGAAUAAAUUUAAUAAAGUAUA